UCCAGGGGUCCUGUAAGGUGCUGAGUAUGUCUUUUGCAGUGGUGCGACCAACCCCAAGUCAUUUCUUGUGCUCUGAGAUCAGCAUGCACUCCGAGGAUGAUGACAACGGCAGUGAGGGUUCUGGAUCUGAUGACAAGUCCUUCCGAAUGGCUGGCCACGGCUAUGGCGCAUUUAAGUUGGGUGCUCGAAAAAAGAGAUACAGCUGCCGACCUGUAGCAGCUCCCAGCGAGCUCCGUUCUCAGAUCGUGGAGAUACACCAGCGGAACGCCGCGAACGCCCGAGAGCGGGAUCGCACGAACAGUGUGAACACGGCGUUCACUGCUCUGAGGACACUCAUACCUACCGAACCAGCUGACAGGAAGCUGUCUAAGAUUGAGACGCUGAGGUUGGCCUCCAGCUACAUCUCACACCUGGGGAAUGUGCUGCUGGUUGGAGAGGAGUGUGGAGAUAGCCAACCUUGCCUUAGGAGCUCGGGAGCCUUGUAUCAUCACCUCCACAAUCUUCCAAAGAGCUUGACACCCAGCUCAGACUCAGAAAACUCACAGCCCAAACAGAUCUGCACAUUCUGCCUUAGUAACCAGAGACGACUGAACAAAGACAGAGAAAGAAAAACUGCAUUAAGAAGUUAAUGAGGAGGAGAAGAGAGAGUAAAAGAGCAUUUCCAUCACAUCUGCCUGAAGGAGCGCGCCGGAGCGUACUAAAAAUUUAGUGUAAAUUUGCUGUAAAUAAGCUGUUUAAUUGAAUGCAACACUUCUUAACCAAGUUACAACUUUCUGGUGGAUGGCGUCAUAAUGGACAACUACACUGCAUUCCACACUUCCAUAUUUAGAAGCCAAAAACUAUGUGAAUUUCAUCAUAACCUCUUUUUUGUUUUAUAUAGAGGUGAUAUACUUUUAUACAUAAGUGGUAAGAAUGAAGAGGAUGAUUUGUAAUUUAAAAACAGCGAAUGAAAGAAAAAAUGAAAGAAAAAAGUGACUUGCUUGCUAACCAGCAAAGAAUCUGUUUGUGUUCUUUUGAGUUUGUCUAUGAUGCAUAUAUUUUGUAUGCACUACACUGAACUUUAUUUACAAAUGUCAAAACAUAGGCUUUUUCCCUAUCAGAACACAUUCCUACAGUACGAUCAAACAUUCAUGUCAAGGAGUUGUUUGUUAUUAUGCAACAAUUAUUGUUAUUUUUAUUUAUUUAUGCCAAUUAAAAUUUCAAAACAUUGUUUAAACCAAAUUAUGUAUAUGUCAGGGUUGAAAAAUCUUGAGUUCGAGGGCUUAAAUGAAGUCAGACAGACUGUGAGAGGUCUGCAAGAGUAAUUGAGAAAGAGAUUGAAAGAUGAACGGGAAGGGAGUCAGUAGUAAGUUGGAUUCUGUAAAUUCAGUCUUGAUGAGAUCUGCAGGUAGAUUGAGUUUGGGAGACAGUGUCCUCUACUUUACCUCUGCCCACAAGCUCUUACUCACAU